AUGGGAGCGGAAUUGGUUGAGGCGGGGAAUUGGGCUGCUGUUGCUGUUUGGUUCCCUCCCGACGUCAACUACAUUCCCCCGGACAUCGAUCGCAGCUGGCAAGAGCGCGAGUUCUGGGAGGCUUUCACGCCCGUGAGACAGCAGCAUCUUCGUGGUCGGAAGCACUGGUAUCUCAAUCUGCUUGGGAGGCAUCCGGAGCGGAGUGAGCGUGGUCAGUUAUUGCCCUACAAAAAAAAAAAGAAGGUACUGACGACAGCAGGCGUCGUCCGCGCCCUCAUCGACCCGUAUCUGGAGCGGGCCCGUGCUCAAGGCGUCCCCGUCUGGCUGGAGUGUAUGAGCGAGCAUGGCAGGCAAGUCUACGAGCAUCUGUCGUUCCGCACCGUGGCGGAGGUGCGGUUGGGUGUGGGAAAGGUCAACGCUAGCGGAGAGCCGGAUGAGAAGGGGGAGGGAUUGACGCUGUAUGCUAUGAUGGCGGAGUAA